GGGGGGUCCAAUGGAAGCCUUCGUCGUAAAGUGGAGAAGACAAUCGAGUGAGAUUUAAGCUGAUAAAUCUUGACACAUUCAGUUAAUGUUAAUAUAAAUCUGGUUUUCCCGCCUCGGCCCGGAGCCUCCGUUCUCCCCCGCCUGUCUGGGAGCCGGUGACCCGCCGGUAGCCGCCGCUGUCCGGCCUUGUUUAUAGUGAUCAGGUCGGUGAGGGAAGCAGCAGGCCCGGCGCCGCUGCUGCUGCUGCUAACGGCCCAGUGGGCUCCGCUCUGGGACGGAUGCUGUUCGGCUCUUUAGCUCAACCAAGAACAUGAACCAGAUGCAACAAUGACGUCCAGAUUUGGGAAAACCUACAGCCGCAAGGGAGGGGAGGGCACGUCCAAGUUUGAUGAGGUCCUGUCCACCAAAAAAGGCACCCUCAGUACCAAAUGGGGAGACACCACCUACAAAGCCAAGGUGGGCUCCAAGCGAGCCGGCGCUCCCAGGAACGACUCGGUCCUGGAGGUUUACAAGAAGCCCCGCCCCUCCGCAGAUGGCCAGGACGACCCGUUCGGCUUCGACAGCGAUGAGGAGUCUAAACCAGUGUCGUCCCGGGCAGGUAGCAAGUCCUCGCCCUCCAAGCCUGCCUCAGCGGAGCCUCCGCAGGCGGAGAGGCCGAGCUUCUCCUCGGAGGUGGGGAGCUGGUCCAGCUUCCAGGGAGGAUCCCACACGGCGCUGUCGGCUGAAGAGACUCUGUGGCCCUCUGGGAAUGGGAAUCAGCUGAGAGUGAUGGAGGACACCGCCCGGUUCUUCAACAGCACCACAGCAAACACAGGAACGUCAUGGCAGAACCCGGCGUCGCCGCAGAACCAGCACAGCUACUCGUGGUACCAGAAUGCUUCAGACAGCGAUAAGCAGCCCCUGUCCCAGACCACCACCCUGAAGUCGGGCUCCAAGGCAGAAUCCACGUAUGACUCCUGGGACGCCAUCGUGGGGCUCCGCCCACAGUCGCCAGUUCAGGAACCUCGGAAGCCGGCCCCCUCGCUCUCCUGGGGUUCCGGUGGUCUUAACUCAGUGCAAAGCCUACACAGGAAGCCCCCGUCUCCUCCGCAGCUGCAGCACCUCGGUGAGAGAAACAACGUAAUGGGGGGGUCUGCCCCCGCUGAGAAAUUCCCCCAGACAUCCGCCUCCGUAUCGCUGGAAAGGAACUCCAACUGCCGGACGUACAGGAGGCCCAACAAGCAGGGUUUUGGCAAAGCCCCGGACUCCAGCAGCUUCGACGACGCAGCCUUUGGCGUCACACCUGAAGCCCCCCAGACCAAAACAACAGGCAGGGGAGGGGGCCGAGGCAGGACGAGGGACUGCACAGUGCUGCAGCCCUCAUCCAUUUCCAUGACUAACGUCACCAACCAGGACAGGGGCAGGGAGGAGUUCCCUGCCGAUGCAGCGCCCCCUAGCGUUGGCGCAUCAGGAGAUACGGCAGAGCUUGGAGAAACGGGAUGGCAGCGGAAAAAGACGGAAGCGCAGCAGCCGAGUUCUCUUGUCAGGCCCAAGCAGACCAAGUCAAAGGACGACCUGUUCGGCUUCGACGACACGGAUUUCGAUCAGGGGGAAAACAGCGGCGACAGCACAGACGGCAGGUCCAGCUACAAAAUCCAAUACUUUGGCUUCGAUGACAUGAGCGACAGUGACGGCGCGGACGACGACUCUGAACCCCACCUGAGGAGGAAGGUUAUGCAGCCUGCCGUCUCCACGGUGACCCCAGCGCUUACGGCGAAGGAGGCGACGGGCGACGAUGUUCCAGAUCCGUUUGAGAGGCUGGAGAGCAGAGAGAGUCUGCAGGUCUGGGAGAAACCAGCCAGCAGGGAGAGCAAGAAGACCUCUGAGAGGCUGGACAGGAAGCCGCAUCGAGGUACGGUGGACUUCUCAGAAGACAGCCUUCGAGUGCUGGCGAGCGGUCCCAGGAGGCCGGCCAUGGGCAAGCAGGCGGAGAAGAACCCCGACACGUUACGGAGAAUCUUCAGUGCACACAAGAAGUCUCCCACCAAAGCCGUGUACAACGCCAGACACUGGACCAUGGAGAGCGAGGAGGAGCCGCCGCCGCCUUUCUUCUCUCGUUCACAUUCCAACCCGGCGACCGUGGCAACUGGGAGCUCCACCAAGGAGCCCGCCGAGGCCCAGAGGGACGACGGGGUCUUCAAGGCUCCGCCCCCUCCUCCAAAGGUCACCAAGUGUGUCACUGUUCCCACAGACCCGUACCAGGACACGGUCACAGCACUAAAGUGUCAUAAAGAACACAAAGAGCUUUACACAGUGGUCCAGCAUGUGAAGCACUUCAACGAUGUGGUGGAGUUUGGAGAAAACCAGGAGUUCACCGACGACUUUGAGUACCUGGCCACCGGUCUGAAGAGCGGGCAGCCCCUCAACACCCGCUGCCUCAGUGUGAUCAGCCUGGCCACUCGCUGCGCCAUGCCCAGCUUCAGGAUGCACCUCCGAGCCAGAGGGAAGGUAGCUCAGGUCUUCAAGACGCUGAAUGACGCUCCUCAGCUCCCGAACCUGGCUCUCUGCACGGCGGCGCUGAUGUACAUCCUGAGCAGAGACCGGCUGAACAUGGACCUGGACCGAUCCUGUUUGGACCUGAUGAUCCGGCUCCUGGAGCUGGACCAGGAUCACGGCGCCGGGACGGAGCCGGACUCCAGCAUCCAGUUUAGUGCCAAAGAGCUAGCAAAGAUCAAGGAGAAGAUCCGGAAGCUGUGCGACACGGUGCACAACAAGCACCUGGACCUGCAGAACAUCACGACGGGACAUUUGGCCAUGGAGACACUGCUGUCCCUGACCUCGAAGCGAGCAGGGGACUGGUUCAAAGAGGAGCUGCGGCUGCUGGGAGGACUGGACCACAUCGUGGAUAAAGUGAAAGAGUGCGUGAAGAACCUGGACCAGGAGGAGAAGCUGGUGUCGUCGCUGUGGGGAGCAGAGCGCUGUCUGCGGGUGCUGGAGAGCGUGACGGUCCACAACCCAGAGAACCAGAGCUACCUGAUUGCCUACAAGGACUCGUCGCUCAUCGUCUCCUCUGCAAAGGCUCUGAGGAGGUGUGAGCAGAUGAUCCAGAGGUACAGCCGGCAGAGCAGCUCAGAUGGAGCGCCGUUGGGGAAGGCGGUGGAGGACUGCAUGAGGGCCAUCAUCGGAGUCCUGCUCAACCUGACGCACGAUAACGAGUGGGGCAGCACCAAGGCGGGCGAGCAGGACGCUCUGAUAGAGACGGCGCUCAACUGCGUCCUCAAAGUCCCCCAGUUCCUUCUGCAGGAGCAGAGAUUUGACAUCAGAGUUCUGGGUCUGGGUCUGCUCAUCAACCUGGUGGAGUACAGCGCCAGGAACAGGUACUUCCUGAUGGAGAUGGAGAUGGAGGGGGGCCAGGGGCCUUGUGACUCCACCGUCCUGCUUGGCGAGCAGCAUCAGGACCUGGGCGGCAGCGGCGGUCCUCUCAGCGCCAUCGCUGCUCUGGUGCAGGUACGGUUCCCUCCUGAGACGGCUCAGAUUAAACCUCAGCGAGGCGCUCUGAUCCAACUCCUCCCGUCUCCUCAGCUCUUCCUGCAGCGUGAGCGAGCCGCCGUGCUGGCCGAGGCGCAGACCGAUGACCUCAUCAAAGAAGCCCCGAAGCCCGCGCUCGACCAGAGCGGGGAGUGGCAGGAGACCGGAGGAGAGAUCCAGUGGGUCGCCAACGACAACGCCUCUGAGAAACAGGACGAAGGCAAGAAGAAGGACGAAGAGGAGGAUGAGCCGCUGGAUCUGAACAAAGCUCUGCAGCACGCGGGGAAGCACAUGGAGGACAGCAUCGUGGCGUCCUACACCGCCCUGCUGCUGGGCUGCCUGUGCCAGGGGAGCCCGAUGAAUGUGACGACCGUCAGGGAAAACCUGCCGAAAGGAGAUUUCUCCAUCAUGACAGAGAUGCUGAAGAAGUUCCUGAACUUCAUGAACCUCACAUGUGACGUCGGCACCGCGGGACAGAAGUCUAUUUCCCGGAUCAUCGACUACCUGGAGCACUGCUAGAGCCUGCUGCACACACUGGGACAGGCUCCGCCUCCUCCAGUUAUAGGCCCCUCCCACCGCUCCCCCUGAGCUCCCUCCACCUCUGCACCAGUUUGUUCCCCAGGAUGUCUGUUCUCUGACUGGUUUCUGCCUGGGAUGGAAGUUCUGUGAAGGUUCCAGUCUGACCUGAGUGUCUGCUGCCCCCUCCCCCCGCCCCCCCGGGUCCCCAAAGCUUCCAGAGAUGACGCUCCUCCUCCUCCUCCUCCUCCUCCUCCGGGUUCUGUGGUGGAGAUGCUGAGGAACCAGAGGUGCUGAAAGCACAGAAGCUGAUCAGAACCAAAGACUGAUUGGAGGAAACGUUCCUGUGGGCGGAGCUACUUUCCUCCGUCUGGAAAGCCAAUCAGACCACAGGUCCUUCAUCUACUUCCUGUCCUCAUGCGCCUCCUCUUCUCCAGGCUGCAGCUCCUGCUCACCUUUGGCCCCAGAUGACCAGAAAGAUCUUUAGCUCCUAGAAUAUCUGCUCUCACUUUGACAAACCGUCAUCUGGACGCCUGUCAAUCAGGUCUAGCUAUGAGCUGAGCUUCAUCUAACAGGAAGUGACAGGAAGAACGCACCGUGACCCAAACGGCGCUCUAAACCUGAAGGAAACGAGAACCAUUAACCUGCUUUAUAGAAGAGAAGGUCUCUAGAUGUGACUCUGGUUUCUCUAGCUCUAGGUAUGAAGGAGGUUAAAGGAGCAACAGUGAAACGUUCACCUCCCAGCAACGCUGAACCUGAUUGGCUCCUCAGAUCCUGAUUGUUCAUGUUUGGAGGGGAGCUCAGCGGAGGAGGGGCCGACCAGCAGCAGAGCCUCCUGCUGCAUCUGAGCGACUCGUUCUAGAAAACAUUUUCUAUUCUGUUGGACUUUGUUACAUCAAAGGUUUUUUUUAAUGUUUCUAAAUCAGUUCAAAGCAUCAAACACAUUUCAGUCACACUCCUGUUCUCAGAAGUUUACAGAGCUUUAUUCCUGGACGUCUGCAGAGUGAAUGGAACAGCUUUCUGUACAUAGAUCCUGUACAUAGAUUCAAUGGGGGUGGGGUGGGGUGGGGGGGUAAAUUUAAUUUUAGAUGCUAGACUUUUCUGGAUCGGACUCUAUUUUUCUUUUUCUAAAGCUUUUUUCUCCCGGUUGUUUUGGACGGAUGGACAGACAGCUUCUGCAGGAAACUUGAUCUUUGUACCAAUUUGCAGAUUUGUGUUUUUGGUUACAUGUAAAUAAUUUUAAGAUAAUAAAAAUUGCUACUUUCAGUAACUAAUGGAAUGUUUUUAUUCAUUUCUGAUGAGAUUAAAAUUUCCUCACCGAAUGAACAUAAAGAGCCGCUUUCAAACAGGAA